UUCUCCAAUCACCACCUACCUCCGCCACCACCAGCUCCUCCGUCUUCACCACCUACCUCUGCCGCCGCCACUAUUUUGCUGUGUUCAGGUGAUGGCGGCUUAUGGCGCUGCGAAUUCUCUCAAGAAUACCAUUAAAUGUAUUCUUCAAUCAUCUCGCAUUUCACUGGUUCCUGCCUCUUCUACACAAGUCUUACGACCCCCCUACGAGGCCAUGAAUCGCUUGCUGAAGGUUCUGCUAAAGUUGGACGACACCGGCUACAGUAAGAUCAGGACGAAGGUGAACGCUUUGGAUGACCGAAUCAAAGAGGCCGUAUGGGAAUUCGAAGAUUUACUGGAAUCUCAUUUCUAUGAUCAGAUUCUUCCACAACUCGAAAGUGAGAGAGAUCACUUGUCUUUCUCGGUAGAUCUGCUGAGUCUGCAACCAAGUGUUGAUUGCUUCGUCAAGAGGAUGACAGAAAUGGAGUUGGAGUAUGAUAUUGAAGUGGUGAAUAUGCCUGAAGAAGAAGGCGAACCUAUUGCCUCAAGGAUUGAUUUUGGUGGAAUCAGCUCAAACAUGGUUGGAUUAUCUGAGUAUUUUGAAUAUACUCGCAAUUAUCUUCUUGGAGAAGAUGAAGGGAAUGGCUUUUCAGUUAUUGGAAUGGCAGGGGUUGGAAAGACAACCAUUGCUAAAAAAGUAUUUGACGAUCCAUUAAUUCAGAAACAUUUCGAGCUUCGAGCAUGGUUCAAAGUGGGUAGAAAAUGUGAAUCCAAUGAAGCCUUUGAUGUGUUCUUGCUCAAGUGGAUCCCAGCACUCGCCACCAAAUGCUUACCCAAGGAGUCAAUGAGGAUGACCAGAAAUUAGUUGGACUCUUAAAAGAGAGAUUGAAGGAUAAGAAAUGUCUCAUUGUGUUGGAUGAUGUAUGAAAAUGGGAUACACGAUUCAUGGAUAACCUGCCACAAGAAAAAGUCAGAAUCUUGCCGGCGAAGAUUUAAAGAAUGUCCAUAUAAACGUGCACGCCUGUUGAAUGAAGAAGAAAGUAAGAAAUUAUUUGGUGAGAAGGUAUUUGGUGAAGUGGGUUUCCCUCCCCAUCUUGAAGAAUUGGGAGAAAAGAUAACCAAAAAAUGUGAAGGUCUUCCACUUAUGAUAGUCACAGUUGCAGAUCUCCUAUCCAAAGAAGACAAGACACCAAAAUUUUGGACUGAGGUAGCAAAUAAACAACAUAAUUCAGUCUUUGUGGAUGCAUACAAUCAAAUAUCAGAGCAUAUAAACAUUAAAAAGUGUGGAGCUUUGUCAUACAU